AUGAUUUCACCACAAUUCUUUUCGACUCUAUCUCUUAAUCAAACCAUCACAACAUUGAUGUUGACCAAUGGUACAUUGGUUAAACAAUUCAUCCCAUCAUUUUGUCAAUUAAUAUUGACCAACCAAUCAAUCGUUGCACUAGACAUUAGUGAUAAUUAUUUGGAACCAAGUCAAGAUUUGGAUCAAGCAUUCAAACAAAACAAAUCGAUCAAAAUAUUGAAUAUUUCAGAGAACCAAUUUAAUCAAGAUAUAUUUGAUGCAUUAUUAUCGAGUGACACUGUACAAUAUUUAUUAGUAGAUAUAAACCGACUAGCAUUUCAUCAACACCGAUAUUUUAGUGAAUCAAAAUCAUUGAUCCAAACCUUUUUAAUUGGUGCCACCACAAAUAUGAAACCUUUUCAUUUUAAUCCUUCCAUUCUAUCAGAUUAA